GUAAGCACUUAACUCUCGACACUUCAGACAUCUCGACAGAUCUUCAAAAUGAUCAAAUUUGAGUCAGAUCAAUUAAAAGAUAUGGAUAUCACUUCACAACAGACUUCAGUUUUGCUACAUGGGGUUCCCAUGGGCAAAGAUAAUGCAGAAAACUGGGAACAAGUGGAAAGAUUUCAAGCAAGGCCAGAUGAUGUAGUCAUAGCUACUUAUCCUAAAGCAGGUACUACAUGGAUGUGUGAAAUUAUAGACAUGAUUUACUGUGAUGGAGAUACAGAAAAAUGUCGCCGGGAAACAAUAUAUAACCGAGCGCCAUAUCUUGAGUUUCGAGUUCCUGGAAUGCUCUCAGGUGUUGAGCAACUUGAUGCCUGACCUUCUCCAAGACUGGUGAAAACACAUGUUCCUAUUCAUCUGAUGCCAGAAUCUUUUUGGGAAAAAAAACUACAGGUAAUUUAUGUUGCUCGAAAUGCUAAGGAUGUAGCAGUUUCUUAUUUCUUCUUCCACAAUAUGGUGAAAGCAUUGCCUGAUCCUGGGCCAUGGGACCAAUUCCUACAGAACUAUAUGAACGGUGAUGUUUGCUAUGGUUCAUGGUAUGAUCAAGUUAAAGGUUGGUGGGAAAAGAGGAAUGACUACCAUAUCCUUUAUUUAUUCUAUGAAGAUCUUAAAGAGAAUCCCAAGAGAGAGAUCUUGAAGAUAAUACAUUUCUUAGAAAAAAACCUAAGUGAAGAAACUGUGGAUAAGAUUGUUCAUCACACAUCCUUCCAAGAAAUGAAAAAAAAUGACAUGGUGAAUUACAAGACCAUACCAAAUGAAAUAUUGGACCAAUCCACUACAUGCUUCAUGAGAAAGGGUGUGUCUGGUGACUGGAAGAACCAUUUCACUGUUGCUCAGAAUGAGGUUUUUGAUGAGGAUUACAAGAGGAAAAUGUCAGUAACAAAACUAGAUUUCAGAACAGAGAUCUAAACUCUAAUUGAAUGUUUUAUAUGGGAAGGAUUUAAUAGCUCAGAAACAAAAUUAAACUUAUGAAAAAAACUCUAAA